AUGGAUGUGGUAGGCGAAAAUGAGGCCCUGCAGCAGUUCUUUGAAGCUCAGGGAGCCAAUGGUACUCUGGAGAACCCAGCCCUGGACACAAGUCUGUUGGAGGAAUUCUUGGGCAAUGACUUUGAUUUGGGGGCCUUGCAAUGCCAGCUCCCAGACACCCCGCCCUAUUCUGCAUCCGACUCAUGCUCUCCUCCACAGGUCAAAGGUGCGUGCUACCGAACCCUAAGGCCCACAGAUGGGAGAACUCCAGCUCCUUUUCUCCACCCCACAGCUGCUCCUGCGAUGCCGCCCAUGCACCCGCUGCAGAGCACCUCUGGAAUGGGCGACUCCAGCCAAGUCCACGGAGACUUUCACAGCUGCCACUCAAACGCCAGUCAUCUUGCCACCCCGCUGGACCAAUCCGUGUCCUCCCAUCUGGGAAUAGGUUGUUCUUACCAUCAGCAGCCUCUGUGCCACAACCCUGGAGCCUCAUUGCCUCCAACCAAGAAGAGAAAGUGCACGCAGGCACUGGAGGACUCCAGGGACUGCCAAGUGUGGGCCUGCCACUGCAGACCAAUGACAAGUAGGAGUCACAGCUGUGAAGUCCAGGACCCUGACAGUGAGGGACAGCACGGAAUGCCUCCAGACCAGUGCUCCCCUGCUCUGAAGUGGCAGCCAUACCAUAGUGUUCCUUGGCACAGCUUAUUAAACAGUCAUUAUGAAAAACUACCUGAUGUGGGCUAUCGAGUUGUAACAGACAAAGGAUUUAAUUUUUCACCAGCAGAUGAAGCUUUUGUUUGCCAAAAGAAGAAUCAUUUUCAGAUAACCAUUCACAUCCAAGUUUGGGGAAGUCCAAAAUUUGUUGAAACCGAGAUGGGCCGAAAGCCAAUAGAAAUGUUUUACUUGAAAGCUUUUGGCAUUAAGGUAGAAGCCACCAAUCAAAUAAUUGCUAUUGAACAGUCCCAAGCAGAUAGGAGCAAAAAGAUUUUCAAUCCUGUUAAAAUUGACCUACUGGCUGACCAGGUCACCAAAGUAACGCUGGGACGAUUACACUUCAGUGAAACCACAGCAAAUAAUAUGAGAAAAAAGGGAAAACCAAAUCCAGACCAGAGAUACUUCAUGUUGGUGGUUGGACUGUAUGCUGCUAACCAAGACCAGUUCUAUUUGUUGUCUGCCCACAUCUCCGAAAGGAUCAUUGUAAGGGCCUCUAACCCUGGGCAAUUUGAAAAUGACAGUGAUGCAUUGUGGCAGCGAGGACAAGUUCCAGAAUCUGUUGUCUGUCACGGUCGAGUGGGAAUCAACACAGAUGCGCCGGACGAAGCCCUGGUUGUCUGUGGCAACAUGAAAGUGAUGGGGACCAUCAUGCAUCCCUCUGACAGCCGGGCAAAGCAGAAUAUCCAGGAGGUUGACACAAAUGAACAGCUGAAAAGAAUAGCCCAAAUGAGAAUUGUUGAAUAUGACUACAAACCUGAAUUUGCAUCUGCAAUGGGAAUAAACACUGCCCAUCAAACAGGAAUGAUUGCCCAGGAGGUGCAAGAAAUCCUGCCCAGAGCAGUAAGAGAGGUUGGUGAUGUCACUUGUGAAAACGGAGAGACCUUGGAGAACUUCCUCAUGGUGGAUAAGGACCAGAUCUUUAUGGAAAAUGUAGGUGCAGUGAAGCAACUGUGCAAACUAACUAACAACCUUGAGGAGAGAAUAGAAGAGUUAGAAAUAUGGAACAGAAAGCUGGCCCAGCUAAAGCGGCUCAGUAGUUGGAAGUCAUCAGCCAGUGAAGCAAGCACAAUCAGCAAAUCUAGCAGAGCCGUUAGUGCAUCUUCUCCAAGAAGGGCCGCUCAUAAAAAAAACAAGGUUUAUCUUUCAGGAAAAAGACGGGCGUGUCCUAAUUGGGUUUUCCAGACCUUGGUUAUAACUCUGAUUGCUGUGAUGGCAUUUUGUGCUUUGAUGAUAGUCACCCUUUAUAUACUUAGCUUAAAAGAUCAAGACCGACGUGUCCCAAAUCUCCCUCCAAGCAAUAUCACAAGCUCUCAGGAGCCGGCUCUGCUGUCCACAGCCUCCUCCACAGCACCUAAUACAUCCCUGGCAACCACACCGGCCUCCUUACAAGUACCUGAAAUUACUUUCUGUGAAAUCCUGCCAUGUCAGGAGACUUAUUGCUGCCCCAUCUGGGGAACGAAAGAAGUCUUUUCAAGUCCUGUGCAAAGACAAUCUGAAGAGAAGGAAUUCCAUCAGAGGCAAUGGUCAGAAGACAAAAGCAAAUCAUUCUUGGCAAGAAAUGCUCUUAGCGGCCCUGACUGGAGGAGUGACUGGAUUGAUACAACUAUCAGUUCUAUUCAGAUUAUGGAAAUCCAGCAAAUAAUAGAUCAUCAGUAUUGCAGUCGAAGCCUCCAGUGCGGAUCUGGAAAUUAUAAUUACAAUAUUCCUGUUAAUAAACACACACCCACCAAUGUCAAGUUCUCUCUGGAAAUAAACACAACAGAGCCAUUGAUAGUCUUCCAGUGCAAAUUCACCCUUGGAAAUAUAUGUUUUCAUAGUGAAAGGGAAACCAAAGGGAUGGAAAGCCACAGAGAAAUCUCCCAGGAGAUGACACAGGGAUAUCAGCACAUUUGGAGCCUCCCUGUAGCCCUGUUUUCUGACAGCAUGUUCCAUUUCCGCGUAGCUGCACCGGAUUUAGCUGACUGUUCAACUGAUCCUUAUUUUGCUGGAAUAUUCUUCACCGAUUACUUCUUUUACUUCUAUCGACGCUGUGCCUAAUUUGUUCAAGUUUGGGGACUUUACCAAAGAAAAAUACUCAGGAAUACAUUUAACAGAAACCGACAUCCUCUUGCAACUUCUUUUUUCUUCUUUGUGAAACAUUUACAUUUAUUACUGAAGGACUUUUCCAGGCUUUAGCUUCUAACAGUUUUGAGACAUUAAUGAGGAGAAUAAAAUGUUUGCUGAAACUUGA